UUGUAAAAUAUUCGGGUCUGUUUUAAUACCUGAUAAAAUACAUUUUGUUUUUGUUUUAAUGCUUAAAAAAAAAAAAUCAGGCUCAUCAUUUCUACCUGUAUGAGUGUGGGAAAUGAUUUCCCAUUCAGUUGUAUUUCCACGCUUCACCACUAGAGGGAAAUACACCGUUUACCACUCAUGACAAGUGUUACCUCUGACGUCACAGAGCACCGUUCUCUCUUCAUCAGGAGUAUAAAGGACCAGAGGUUCUUUGCUUCUGAGCUGGAGAAGGUGUAUGAGUUUGUCUGCAGGGUUUCUAAUACUAAAUAAGUAAAAUGCCGGUAGAUAUAGAGCAGUGGACGGGUCCUCUGUCCCUGACUGAGGUGGAGGAAAAGCCGAGGAAACCCCUGACGGUUAGAUACGGCUCUCUGGAGAUCGACGAGCUGGGGAAAGUGCUCACACCCACGCAGGUGCAGAGCCAGCCCACAGUGGUCGAGUGGGAAGGCUGCGACCCCACCAAGCUGUACACUUUAGCCUUGACUGAUCCGGACGUUCCGAGCAAGAAAGACCCCAAAUUCAGAGAAUGGCAUCACUUCCUGGUGGUCAAUAUAAAAGGGAACGAUGUCUCCAGCGGGUGCGUGAUGUCUGACUACGUCGGCUCUUGUCCUCCGAAAGGAUCCGGUCUCCAUCGUUACGUGUGGUUGGUGUAUGAACAGCCGGGAACAUUGAACUGCACUGAAUCCGUCCUGUCCAACCGUUGCGGCGACAAUCGCGGAAAAUUCCAAAUCCAAAACUUCCGUAAGAAAUACGGCCUCGACAAUCCGGUGGCUGGAAACUGUUACCAGGCCGAGUGGGACGAUUAUGUCCCCAAAAUUUACCAGCAGCUUGCAGGGAAUUAAAGGAGUGUUUUUUUUUCCCCCACCUGAAAUCAAUCAGUAAAAUGUUAAAGCUCCAAUUACUCCAAUUACUUUAAGAGGUGGAUGAUUUGGCCCAAAUGAAAAUAGUGGGAGAUACGAUUUGAGCUUUAAAGAUAAAUGCAAACAGCAUGGCAGUAAAGCAUUUAAAAGAAGGGAAAAAAAAGCUUUUUUACUUCAGUAUUAUUCAAUAAAGCAAUAAAAAAAUGCAUAUAAA